AUGCUCUCCAAAGAGCUCAUGAAGACGCCGGCGUAUAAAAUCAUGAUAAGUCUCGCAAUCUGCGACAUUCUCUCCGUCAUCGUCAACUCGAUCGUCACCGGAAUCUUCGGCUACUUCGGACUCACCUUCUGCCACUUUCCAAUGUUUGUGUUUAUCUGCGGCGCGCAUGGAUUCGGCUGCUGGCUGGGGUGCUCCAUAACCUGUGUAACUCUCGCCGUUUGUCGCAUUUCUGAGAUGAACCCGAAGCUUUAUCUGUUUUGGAUCUUCCGAGGAUUGCCGAUGAAGUUGGUGUUGGGCUGGUUCGUAGUAACCGUGCUUUAUGGCACUUAUUUCACAAAGCCUGUCAUUUUUCGCAUCGAGUUCAUGAGCUGGUUCUUCGAUCCUGGUGUCGGAUUGAAGGUGAGAAGGCUUUUUUUCGAAUCGAGUAUCGUUGCAACUUGUUAUUUCAGUCCGAUCUAUACACAAACACGUACCACACGGUGAACAACAUCGCCCAGGCAUUCCUGACUUCCACACUCUACACAGUGCUCUGCUUCUCCGUCUAUUGCAAGUCGUCUCACAACAAUCAUCUCAACUCGACGCAACUUUCGUACACACAAAAAAUGUUCUGCUAUCAGGCGGCGACAAUAUGCAUGGCGCACAACGUUUCGUCUUCCGUCUACGUCUACAUGCAGUUCUUCUACACGCCGCCGUGGCUGAUUGUCGCCGAGCAAAUCGGAUGGCAAAUGUGCACAGGUACACACCAGAGAUGUUGGGAAUUCCGUGUUCCGUGUUCCGUGUUCCGCGUUUUUUUGCAAUAUUUUUUCCGUGUUCCGUGUUCCGUAAAAAUUUCCGUGUUCCGUGUUCCGUGUUCCGUAGAAAUAAGUUUUUUCCGUUUUCCGUGUUCCGUGUUCCGUAAAAAAAAAAUUUCCGUGUUCCGUGUUCCGUGUUCCGUAAAAAAAAAAUUUUUCCGUGUUCCGUGUUCCGCAAAAAAAAAUUUUCCGUUUUCCGUGUUCCGUGUUCCGUAGAGUAAAAUUUUUAUUCCCAACAUCUCUGGUACACACGGCUUCGGAGAGUCUGUGUGGUAGACACAGAUUUAACUCAACUUCAGGAGGCGUUUGUCUCGUCUACAUCGUCUUCAAUCGAACGAUUCGCGUGUCGGUGAAGGAUAUGCUGGGAUUACGAUCAUGGAACAACACAGUUUCUCUUCAUGCUCACAGCUCCGCUAGCGUUCUUUAA